UGUCAUAUCAGUAUAAGUCUUAAUUACAGCUAAUGCAGAACAUGUCAAGUUAUAAAAAUAUAAAUUAAUCAAAAUUUUGAUAAUGGAAGAAACAAUUUCAAAAAGAAGAAAGAUAUCGAAAAGAUACAAAAAUAAAGUAAAAAAUAUUUUACAACCUGGUCAAAAAGGAUUUCUAGUUACUUGCAAUUUCAGAGAAAAGGAUUGCGUACGCGAAUGCUACAAUAUUUUAAAUGAAUACGCAAAUAAAAUUUAUGGAGUGGAAAAAAAUUCGACUGACAUUACAGCAGAUGGGAGUGAUAUUACUGAUGAAUUAGAAAAGGAAAUAAUAAAUCUUAAUUCGAAAAUGAAAAAUGGCAGGCGGUUUCAAAAUGUGGAAACAAAAACCACCAAUUGCAUUUUCAUAAAAACAACUAUCGACAAUCCUGUUGAUUUAGCCGUCCAAAUAAUUAAAGAUAUGGCAGAAAAUCAAAUCCAAAAAUCCAAACAUAUUUUAAGAUUUGUACCUAUUUUAAAAAUAUGUCCAGCUGAUAUUAAAAACAUUGUUGAAUCUGCCGGCGAACUGCUUGAUGAAAUUUUUUUGAAAGGUAAUAUUACCUACAGCAUUCAGUUCAAUAAAAGAUAUAACGACGUUAUCCAUAGAAUGGAUGUUAUUAGAAACUUGGCAAAACGAGUAAGUGAUAAAAGUCCCACAAAUAAAGUAGAUCUUAAAAAUGCUGAAUGGUGUGUCAUAGUCGAAAUUAUACGAGGUUUAUGCCUUCUUAGUAUUGUUCCAGAAUAUUUAAGAUUGAAAAAAUACAAUAUUGCAGAACUUGUGAAACCAUCUGAAAAUAUAAAGCAACUCGAAGUAAACAUAAAAAAUAAGUUCAAUGAUGAAAAGGUAACAGAAUGUAAUGAAAACAACGUUUUAGACUCUACCAAAUCUUUGGAAAAUUUAAAUACAGAUAAAGAAAAGGAUAACUCUGAUGUGAGUGAAGUGUGAUAAAUUAUGGUGAAAGCAAUAUUAAAGAGUGGACGAAAGUAUCUGUAAACAAAACUAAAAAUUAAGACAAAUGAAAGAAUAA